UGGAAGUCAAGAGCUCACAGGCUUUGGUUUUGUUUGUUCGAAUUUCAUAGCUGCCGAUGGGUGUCCGGCUGUGGAAGUUUUGCAGAAGUGAGCACGAACAAGGACGGAGAGCGCCUAUCGAUCCAUUCUACCCUCAAGAUACGCCGGCUUCUUCGUGCCAAGGUGUUCCUCUCGGUGGAAUUGGGGGAGGAAGCAUUGGUAGAGGUUUCCGAGGUGAUUUUUCACGAUGGCAACUGCUUCCAACCGUUUGCCAGACUUCUGCUGUUCUAGCUGAUCAGUUCUCGGUUUUUAUCACCCGGCACAGUAAAGAUGGCACAACGCAAAAGACCUCAUCAGUGUUGUUUCCUGGUGAGCCAGUUUUUGAAAGUGAGGAGACUGAAUCCGGGAUUUCUUCUUGGAACUGGAAUCUAACUGGGGUAAAAAGCACUUAUUACGGGUUAUUCCCUCGUGCCUGGACAACUUAUGAUGGAGAACCGGAUCCUCAAAUGAAGAUUACAUGCCGCCAGGUUUCGCCAUUCUUACCACACAACUACAAAGAAAGUAGUUUUCCUUCUUGUGUCUUCAUCUAUGAGCUGGUAAAUACAGGAGAUGAAGACGCGACGGCUACGCUGCUAUUUACGUGGGCUAACAGCAUUGCUGGAGGAUCGGAAACAUCUGGAGGCCAUGAAAAUUCUCCUUUCAUGGAAGAGGAUGGAGUCCGUGGGGUGCUUCUUCAUCACAGGAAAGAAGAGCACUCUGUGACGUUCGCUAUUGCGGCAAGGGAAACGGACGAUGUUUCCACAUCAGUCUGUCCUUGUUUUCUAGUUGCUGGUGCCCCGGAGGGAAAUUCUUAUCAAACGGCGAAGGAUAUGUGGAGUGAGAUAAUAGAGAAAGGAUGCUUUAAUGCGAAGAAUUCGACGAUGUCCGCUUCGUUGUCGCAACCGGAAACCGUUGUGGGAGCUGCUGUUGCCGCAAGUGUUGUUGUUCCAGCACACGGAACAAAAUCCAUCACCUUUGGACUGGCAUGGGAUUCACCUAAAGCUACCUUCUUGGGUGGUAGCUCCUACUACAGGAGGUACACGAAGUUUUAUGGGAAGUCUGGCAACGCUGCAUCGAAGCUUGUUCACGACGCCAUUUUGAAUUACAAGCGCUGGGAAUCUGAGAUUCAUGCUUGGCAAGAACCGAUCCUAAACGACCACAGCCUUCCAGAAUGGUACCGCUACACUCUAUUUAACGAGCUUUACUACUUGGUGGCUGGAGGAACGAUAUGGACAGAUAGUUGCCGUCAGGCGUGUUUAGCUCAGAAGCUUAACCCGGUAAAAUCCAAUGGAGUCUCGGAAGCAUUGCUAGACGCUAUCAACGCAAAUUCGGAGGCUCAGUCAUUUUGGUCCUUUGAUAUACCGGCGGUCGAAGAUAACGUGGGACAGUUUCUCUACUUGGAAGGAGUGGAAUAUCAUUUCUGGAACACGUACGACGUGCAUUUCUACGCCUCGUAUGCACUGCUGGCCUUGUUUCCACGGCUUGAACUUCAACUCCAGCGAGACUUUGCGGCUGCCACCCUUUCGCAUGACCCAGAAAAGAUGUUUUAUCUGGCAUAUGGCAACACCGGCAUCAGAGCUGUUUUCGGUUCGGUUCCACACGACCUCGGUACGCAUGAUCCGUGGAACACACUUAACAGCUACAACUUGUACGACACUAGCAAGUGGAAGGAUCUGAAUUGCAAGUUCGUGGUUCAGGUAAACAGAGACGCAGCUGCUACAGGGGAUCUGGAUUUCGCGAGAGCUGUCUGGCCAGCGGCAUAUGCAGCCAUGGCUUUCACAGACCAGUUUGAUAGAGAUGGCGAUGGUAUGAUUGAGAACGACGGUGUUCCGGACCAGACUUACGACCUCUGGACUGUCGACGGUGUGAGCUCGUAUUGUGGAGGACUGUGGGUGGCAGCACUCCAGGCAGCUUCGGCAUUGGCUGAUCUAGUCGGGGACAAGCCUUCGUCUAGAAUGUUUCACGACAAGUUCCUACGAGCAAAGGCUGUCUACGAGAAGUCACUGUGGAACGGCUCUUACUUCCACUACGACAAGAACAGCACCUCGGUCCAGUCGGAUCAACUCGCAGGGCAGUGGUAUUCUCUGGCUUCUGGACUUCCUGGAAUCGUCCGCGAAGAUCAAGCUACCAGCGCGCUUGGGACGGUUUUCGCCACAAACGUCAUGCGGUACAAGGGAGGAAACGAAGGCGCUGUCAAUGGAAUGCUACCGAGUGGCGGUGAAGAUAGGACUUCGCUCCAGUCUCGGGAAGUUUGGGUAGGCACCACUUAUGCUGUGGCAGCGGCUAUGAUUCAGCAAGGCAUGCGAGAAGAAGGAUUCCGGACUGCCAAAGGAGUGUUUUUGAAUGGAUGGUCCGACCAGGGACACGGAUAUGCUUUCCAGACUCCAGAAGCCUGGGACAACGAUGGAAAGUAUCGCUCACUGGCAUACAUGCGACCGCUUUCGAUCUGGGCGAUGCAAUGGGCUCUCGAUCCUCCAGAGCAGCUCAAGCAGCGAAGUUGUAACGUCGAAGUUGGCGAUAUCACAGCGCAGGAAGUGGAGGCUUGCAACAAAAGCUUUGCGAAGCUGGCUUCGCAGCUGAAGGAGCUAUCGCCGCCGGAGACGAAGGCUUACUCGUCGGUGUGGAUCUGGAUGUUCGACUAUAUCCGCAGCCGCGUCUAUCCCAGGGGAUGAUCCAAUCCGAGAAAAGGUGAGAGAGGAAGAUCAAAGGAUUGUCUACUAAAAGUAUAUAUUCGAUCGAAUGGAGAGAGAUUUUUUCUUCAAUGGAUGUGAAGGAAGAACGGGCAUGCGUGGAUGAAUCGUCGGAUGGAGCGUUUCGCAAGGUCUAUCGCCUCUACGAGAGAGGUAAGAGCGUCCAUUUGCUGUAAGUGAGCAGGUUUUGUGAAUUGUUUCUGGCC